GAACAAAAAUCCCAAGCCCAGCCCAAUUUAUAACUUCUGAGAUACAAUAACCUCUUAAUGCUGUUACCGGCUUACAGUUGAUGUAGACGAAGCAUUGAAAAUAAGCUUUGGCGAUGGAGUUUUCUCGUCUCACUGAAGCCUUGGCCUCCAAAUCGUAUGACAAGAUCCCCGUAAUUUGUGAUGAUCUCAUGCUAUCGUUUGCUGCAAAGGGAAUUACGUUUCAUGAAGAAUGGCCCUACACGAUUCAUCUCUUGGGACACCUUUACAACAAUGACAUCUUCAGUGCGCGAUUUUUGUGGAAGACAACACCGGCUGAGAUAAAGGUGAACCGGCCGGAGAUGGCAGCAGUUUGGAAAAUUGGACAGAAGCUAUGGAAAAGGGACUAUGCUGGAGUUCACGAGGCCCUACGUGCACACGAUUGGAGCCCAGAGGUCAGGGAGAUCGUGGUUUCAAUUGCAGACCGUUACACGAAAAAGAUGUUUGAUUUGCUGGUUUCUGCUUAUUCAACAAUAAGUGUUCAAGAAACUGCUCUCUUCAUGGGAAUGAACCUUGAUGAUGCUACACAAUAUGUGUUACAACAGGGUUGGAGUUUGGACGCUGCAACUCAAAUGCUGACAGUGAAAAGACAAGAGGUAGUAAAAGAGCAAAAGUUAGAUGCCACCAAAUUGCAGCGGUUGACGGAAUACGUUUUCCACCUCGAACACUAAUCAUCAACCCCCCGCAUGUCGCGACCACCCUCUGUUAAUUGUGAAUCUUAAUGUGAGUGGUUCUGUUUUAUAAUCCAAUAUUUGAAGUCGAAGGGUGGAUCAUAUUACUUGGGAAAAUGCAUGUGGUCUGUUUUUGCCUUGCCAAAGUCACGCGGACUGAGCAGAAAGAAAGUGCAAUUCUUUUUAAUC